AUGCAGCAGCCCUUGAAUUACCCAUACCCCCAAAUCUUCUGGGUGGACAGCAGUGCUACCUCUCCCUGGGCCUCCCCAGGCUCAGUCUUCCCCUGUCCAGCCUCUGUGCCAGGAAGGCCAGGGCAAAGGAGGCCACCACCACCGCCGCCGCCACCGCCACCACCACCAACACUCCUGCCAUCAAGACCGCUGCCUCCACUGCCACCGCCAUCUCUGAAGAAGAAGAGGGACCACAAUGCAGGCCUGUGUCUCCUUGUGAUGUUCUUCAUGGUUCUGGUGGCCCUGGUUGGAUUGGGGCUGGGGAUGUUUCAGCUCUUCCACCUACAGAAGGAGCUGACUGAACUCAGAGAGUCUGCCAGCCAAAGGCAUACAGAAUCAUCUUUGGAGAAGCAAAUAGGUCACCCCAAUCUACCCUCUGAGAAAAAGGAGCUGAGAAAAGUGGCCCACUUAACAGGCAAGCCUAACUCAAGAUCCAUCCCUCUGGAAUGGGAAGACACCUAUGGAAUUGCCUUGGUCUCUGGGGUGAAGUAUAUGAAGGGCAGCCUUGUGAUCAAUGACACUGGGCUGUAUUUUGUGUAUUCCAAAGUGUACUUCCGGGGUCAGUACUGCAACAACCAGCCCCUGAGUCACAAGGUAUACACAAGGAACUCUAGGUAUCCCCAGGACCUGGUGCUGAUGGAGGGAAAGAUGAUGAACUAUUGCACUACUGGCCAAAUGUGGGCCCGCAGCAGCUACCUGGGGGCUGUGUUCAAUCUCACCAGCGCUGACCAUUUAUAUGUCAACGUAUCUGAGCUCUCUCUGGUCAAUUUUGAGGAAUCUAAGACAUUUUUUGGCUUAUAUAAGCUCUGA